ACCCCCUCCAAAAUCAACUCCCAUUCGUUCACGGAUUUUGUCAAAUACAAACAUACUUCCUCCUCCUCCUCUUCUUCUUCUUCUUCUUCCAUAAUAUCACGUAGCCGUUGCUCGGACCAUAGUAUGUGCAGGUCAACGGAUUUCCCCCACUUCCGCCCCUCCCCCUCCCCCGCCGCCGACCGCCUCGACGUCAAGGCCUUCUACGUCCGCUUCUCCUGCCCUGAGCCCAGCCCCGGCCCCGGCCCCGGCCCCGGCCGUUUCCCCGACUCCCUCACCCUCCUCUACCUCCCCAGCAUCGCCGGCCGCCCCCUCGAGAUCGAUGGCUCCAAGGUCCGCCCCGACCACCCCGCCUUCCUCACCCUCCACCGCGUCGUCACCCCCCUGGCCUCCCGCCGCGGUGACGUGGUCUACGGCUCCCGGGACCGUGUCUGGGCAGGGCCCGGGCUACGGUUUGAGGUGUACAUGGGCGAGGAGAAGGCCCUGCGGGGGAGCUUCCGGAGGGAGGAGGGGCUGGAGUGGAGACUGGAGUGCGCGUGCACGCUGGAGAGGGAGAUCCUGGCGGGCGCCGGGUGGGUGUCGGAGGUCUGCGUGGCGGCGGAGGGGCAUGUGGCGAUGAGCGAGAGGGUGGAGAUGGUGGCGAGGAAGAGGAGCAGGAAGAGCGGCAGAGCGUUUCGCGGGCUGGAGGAGAUUCCGGAGGAGGGAGAGGCGGAGAGCGAAUCGGACGGCAGCUGCUGCUGCUGCUGCUGCGAGGGCGAGGGGGAGUGCGGAUCGGAUGGAGGGGAGGAGGAGGAGGAGUGCAGAUCGGACGGCGAGGAUUGGGAGGUGAACACGGAGGGAGUGAGGUGGGCGGUCGACGUGGGGAUAUGGGUGGCGUGCCUCGGCGUGGGCUACUUGGUGUCCAAGGCUUCCGCCAAGAGCCUCCGGCGCCGGAGAUUACUCUGAUGGAGAUUGGACUUUGGCGGGAGCUUUUGAUUUUUAAUCUAACUUUCUUUCCUUAAUAUUCUUUGUAAAUAGAUCUGAUACCACCUCUUCAAUCUCCCCAUCUUGCCAUUGAUGUGGAAAGUCUCAAUUUUGGCAUGCUCGAUUCCUCGUAUCAAUAGCUAGAACGAGAGAGAUGAUAUGAAAGUCACAUUUCAAAUCUA